AUGAACUUGGUGAUGGGAAUUGGCAAGGGUUCUUCACCAGGUACCACCCCUAAUUUAGUAAACAGGAAUACCAGGGCACAAGUCCCAGACCACCUAGCAGGAAUCACUCCAGAAGUACAUCAGAACCAGGAAAGUGAUGACUUUUAUCCUAUAGAGACAUUGAAAACAGAGGAUUUGCUCCAAAAUUUCACACAGCUACUACUUCUACAAAAAUCUUGCCCAAGAGGCUGGAAGACUUUGGAAAAGAAAAGUUGCCAUCAAUAUGUAGCAGAAGAGAAAGGACAUCUGAUUGAGAUCCAAGACAUAUUUCAUCCAAGCCCAGAUAUGCAGGAAGAGCCUCAACUAGUCAUAUUAGAGGGGGCUGCUGGGAUUGGGAAGUCAACACUGGCCAGGCAGGUGAGGAGAGCAUGGGAGGAAGGCCAGCUCUACAGGAAUCGCUUCCAGCAUGUCUUCUACUUCAGCUGCAGAGAGCUGGCCCAGUACAAGCAGCUGAGUCUGGCUGAGCUCAUAGCAAAAGACCAGACUGUGCCUGUAGCUCCCAUCAGGAAGAUUCUGUCUCAGCCCAAGAAGCUGCUCUUUAUCCUGGAUGGCAUAGAUGAGCCAGCAUGGGUCUUGGAGGAGCAGAAUACUGAGGUCUGUCUGCACUGGAGCCAGCCACAGCCUGUGCACAGACUGCUGGGCAGUUUGCUGGGGAAAUCUAUACUUCCUGGGGCUUCCUUGCUGCUCACAGCUCGGACCACAGAUCUACAGAAGUUCAUUCCUUCCUUGUGGCAGCCACGUUGGGUGGAAGUCCUGGGUUUCUCUGAGUCUGGAUGGAAGGAAUAUUUCAACAAAUAUUUUUCAAAGAAAAGAAAAGCAAUGGAAGCUUUGAGAUUGAUUGACUUAAACCCAAUGCUCUCAACACUGUGUCUGGUGCCCUGGGUAUCCUGGCUGGUCUGCACUUGCCUGAAGCAGCAGAUGGAGCAGGGAAGAGACCUCUCACUGACCUCACAGACAACCACAGCCCUCUGCCUGAAAUACCUUUCCCAAACACUUCCAGAUCAUGCCCUGGGAACCCAUCUCAGAGGUCUCUGCUCACUGGCUGCUGAGGGGAUCUGCAAAAGAAGGACUCUGUUCAGUGAGAGAGAUCUCUGGGAGCAAGGGUUAUCUAACGAUGUUAUUGCCCUUUUCCUGAAGAUGGGUGUCCUUCAAAACCAGCCCAGCUCUUUGAGCUACAGUUUUGCCCACUUGUGUCUCCAGGAGUUCUUUGCAGCGAUGUCCUGCAUCUUGGGGAAUAAUGAGGAGAAAUGUGGUGAUACGAAAAUCUACAGAAUUGUGGAAACAGUGAUAGAAGUGUAUGGAAGGCAAGACCUGUUUGAGGCACCCACCAUAUGCUUCCUGUUUGGCCUUUUGAGUGAACAAGGUGUGAAUGAAAUGGAGAAGAUCUUCACCACCCACUUGUCUCUGAACACCCUAUGGGAAAUUCUGGAUAAAGCCAGGGCAUUGCCCCAGCACCAGCAUCUCUAUUCUCUGGGGUUGUUUCAUUGUUUGUAUGAGAUUCAGAAAGAAGAGCUCCUAACACAGGUGAUGCACAAUCUUCAAAAAGAAAAGGCGUGUGACCCAACAGAUAUGACACACCCAGUGUUCCAGACAAAUGUGAAGCACCUGGUGGUCCAGACAGACUUGGAGCUCAUGGUGGUCACUUUCUGCAUUAAGUACUGCCACCAUGUGAAGAGGCUUCAGCUGAAUGGGGGUGAACAGCACGGACAAACACUGACGGCCCCCAGGAUGGUACUGUCCAGGUGGACCCCAAUCACUAAUGCCAGUUGGCAGGUUCUCUUCUCCACUCUUGAGUUCACAGAAAGCCUGGAGGAGCUGGACCUAAGUGGAAAUCCACUGAGUAACUCUGAAGUACAGAGUCUUUGUAGGACCCUGAGACAUCAUGGCUGCCAACUAAAGAUAUUGUGGCUGGUCAGCUGUGGCAUCACAUACAGCUGCUGCUGGGACCUGGCCUCUGUCCUCUGCACCAGCGGCAGCUUGACUGAGCUAGACCUGCAGCUGAAUGACCUGGGCGAUCGUGGUGUGAGGCUGCUGUGUGAGGGCCUCAGGAAUCCUGCCUGCAAACUCAGAAUCCUGCGGCUAGACCAGGCCUCUCUGAGUGAGCAGGUGAUGGCGGAGCUGAGGGCUCUGACGGAAAAGAAUCCCAAGCUUCUCAUCCAGAGCACAUGGAAACCACGUGAGACUGUCUCUACUCUGGGUCUGGAUAAAGGAGAAAUGAGUGCUGGCCCAUCCUCAUGCAAGCGGCAGAGACUACAGUCGGGUGACAAGCUCACAGAGUCUCUUGGGACUGAAGAUGGCUUCUGGGGCAGCACAGGACCUGUGGCUACUGAGGUGGUUGACAGAGAAAGAAACCUGUACAGAGUUCAGUUCCCCAUGGCUGGCUCCUAUCACUGGCCCAGCACUGGUCUUCGCUUUGUGGUGACAAGAGCAGUGACUAUAGAGAUAAAAUUCUGUGCCUGGAGCCAAUUCCUGGGCAAGACUUCCCUGGAACAGAGUCACAUGGUGGCUGGGCCUCUGUUUGACAUCAAGGCUGAGCAGGGAGCUGUGGCUGCUGUGUACCUCCCUCAUUUUGUGGAUCUCCAAGGAAUUCAGGAGGACACCUCAAAGUUCCAAGUGGCCCACUUUAUGAAGGACGGGGUAGUCUUGGAGAAGCCAGCCAAAGUGGAGCCACAUUGCACAGUUCUGAAAAACCCCAGCUUCUCGACUAUAGGAGUGAUGCUGAAAAGAAUCCCUGCCACCUGGCGAUUCCUAUCCAUCACCUCCAUCACGUUGCUCUACCAUCAACCUCAUGCUGAGGAACUGAAACUCCACCUUUACCUGAUCCCCAAUGACUGCACUAUUCGGAAGGCCAUAGAUGAUGAAGAAAUGAAGUUCCAGUUUGUGCGAAUACACAAGCCUCCCCCCGUGGGCUCCCUUUAUGUGGGCUCUCGAUAUACCGUGUCUGGUUCAGGGACUAUGGAAAUUAUACCCAAGGAACUUGAACUGUGCUACCGGAGCUCCGCGGAAGCCCAGCUCUUCUCAGAAAUCUAUGUUGGCCACUUACAAUCAGGGAUCCGGUUGGAAAUAAAAAACAAGAAUGCUGACACUGUAGUUUGGGAAACCUUGUUGAAACCAGGAGACCUUAGACCUGCAUCCACUCCAGUCACUCCAGCCCCUACAGUUGCCUGGCCCUCCCUGCACUUUGUGGACCAGCAUCGGGAGCAGCUGGUGGCCCGAGUGACAUCAGUGGACCCUGUCUUGGACAAACUGCAUGGUCAAGUGCUGAGUGAAGAGCAGUAUGAGAUGGUUCGUGCUGAGGCCACCAAUUCAGACAAGAUGCGGAGGCUGUUCAGCUACAGUCGGUCCUGGGACAAGGCCAGAAAAAGUCAACUCUACCAAGCCCUGAAGGAGACCCACUCUUACCUGAUCCUAGAACUCUGGGAGAUGUGGGGCAGGGCCCUUGGGGAAUGGGUAUCCUGAAAUCUGGGCAGCUGAAACCUGAGUCCUGAAUCAUGCCUCUGCCUGAUCUUUCUUUUGGCCUCAUUUCCACCGUCUAUGAUCCCCCUUGGCUUGGUCUUGGUUCUGUAAAACUUGCCUGCUGCAGGUGGCAUUCUCAGAGAUGUCCCUCUUGGACAGCUUGCCUGUGAAAGCCAAGGGGCAAUUGGGUAACUAUGAGGCAUCCUUGGCAGUGGACAUUUUUGUUGUUGUUGUUGCU